AUGUUUUGGAUUGUGAAUCAAAUAUCAAAUAUGAACCUUGAUAUAAACAGUCCUUUAUUGUUAAAAACUGCGAGAAGAUACAAAGUUAAAUUACAUGAAUGUUAUUGGAAACAUACCAAAUGUAUAAUAUUAAUUCUUGAAAAUAUCAAAUUGGAAACAGAUUGCGAAUUAUUUAGGAAUAAUAGAUUAUACCAUGCAUUAUUCAAAGAUAAGAAUUUUCAGCAAAAAGUCGAUCCUAUAUUAGAAGCAAAACAUGAAGCUCUUGAUAUUUUUAUCAAACAAAAGGAAGAGUUAGAAGAUCUUUGUUAUGUGAGGUUCUCAAUAGAUGUUAUAGAAAAUACACAUGAAUUUGAAGAAUUCUUACCAAAUAUUGAUUAUAAAUUAUAUUUUUGGAAAGAUGAUUAUAGAAUAACUAAUGAAGGAGAUGAAGAACUCAUUAAAAAACACUGGGUUGAAAAGAUGAAAAAGUUUAAAAAAGAUUUAAAUGAUAAAAACAUAAAUUGGUUGAAAUAUAUCAAGAAGGAAUUGUUAAAACUCAUAGAAAAUGAUUCCACCAUAAAGAUGAAAUCUGAAGUUACCAGAGGGAAAAUUGAAAAAAUUAGAACAAUCAAAACAAAUACUCCAUUCACACCACCUAUCAUUAAACCUUCAGAUAAUUCCAAAAAGGAUUUGAGUGAAACUGAGAAUAAUUUACAAAAAGAUAUUGAAUUAAUAAAAAAGGAAAUAAAAGAUCUUGAAAAAGAAAAAUCAAAAGCAAAAAGCAUUUCUGAAAUCAUCGAUAUAAUCAAAAAAUUAGCAAAAGAUCGAUUACUUGCAGAUGAUAAAGAACAAACUCUAAAAGACAUAAAAUGGUUAAAGAAACAAUUAUCUCUCAUGUUGGUUACCAAAGAUGAAGAAAAUGAGAUGAUUAAGAAAUUCGCAUUAGAAAGUUAUAGUAAAGAACAUAAUCAAGCUAUUCCCACAUUAAAUUAUGAAAAUUCUUUACAUUACAAAACUAUCAAUGAAUUAAAGAAAGAAGCUGAGAAAAAAGAAAUUACCAAUAAUGAAAAAGAACAAGUUAAAACAUUAACAGAAAAAUAUAAUGAGAAAAUAAAUAACAUAAAGAUUGAGAAAAGAAUACUAGAAGGUAAACCUAUUAAACUGGAUAAACUUGAACUGCCAGAAUUUGAAGGUUUAACUGAUAAAGAACAAAAAAGAUUACAAGAAAUUGAUCAAAUAAUCAAAACAUCAAAAUCGGCAAAAGAACUAGAUGAUAAGAAAAAACUUGAUUUGAAAAUUGAUAUGAUCUGUAACAAAUACCUAGAAAUUAAAAAAGAUUAUGAUAAGCAUCAAAGAGAAAAAAGAGAUUAUAUUAAGAUAUAUGAUCAGAUAUUAAAGAAAUAA